GGAGCCCAAUCACACACUGUUGUAACAGUCCACCACAGCUGUCACAGGAGCCAAUCACUACUGUUGUAACAGUCCACCACAGCUGUCACAGGAGCCAAUCACUACUGUUGUAACAGUCCACCACAGCUGUAACCGCUGUCACAGUCCAUCACAGUAUCAACAAUCCACCACAGGCCACCGAAGCAGCCACAGCCCACCACAGCUACUGCCGUCUCACUGUCAGCACUACCACACCGACAGGACUAACUAUGACCCCUGAACAAAACGGGCUCAUGGAUAAACAGAAGAAGAAGCCCAGCGGCCGCCUGUCUAAGCCCACCUUCCUGAAACAACUGAGUGACAGUAACGACAACCGGCACAAGCCCAGUGAGGAGUCCAUCUGGCAGGCCAGGGCUUUGAUCCACACUCAGGAGGACUUAAAACACACCUACUGUGGGAUUGGACCAUUUAAACCCAGAUGGCUACAGGUCCUGGCGAGGAAGGAGGCCUACCUGGUAGUAUAUUGUAUGGUAGGCCUCACCCUCGGCAUGUUCUACACAUACAACGUCUCCACUAUAUCUACCAUCGAGAAGCGUUUUAAACUUACCAGCAAGCAGACAGGUACAAUUCUCUCCGGCAACGACAUCUCUCAGGUGAUCUUGGCGAUAUUGUUAGCUUACUAUGGCAACUACGGUCAUCGUCCUCGGUGGAUGGCCUUUGGGGUGAUGUGUGCUGCGGUAUCGUGUUUCAUCGGCGCCACCCCCCACUUUAUCUACGGGCCUGGCCAAGACGCUGCAGACAUCGUUGAAACUACCACAGGCCUGGUCAACUCCGUCAUCUCUAACUCAACUAAGAAAGCCAAGAAGACAGAGGUGUGUUACUCUGAGUUUGAGGACACCUGUGUGGAUUCAGACAUCAGCGGGGGUUACAUAGGUCCUGUCAUCCUCCUGUUCAUCUCACAGUUCAUCGUGGGUAUCGCCAUCAGCAUCUUCUACACCAUCGGAGUCACUUACAUGGACGACAACGUUAGCAAGAAGUCCUAUCCAAUCUAUUAUUCCAUCACACUGCUGUUGAGGAUCCUGGGGCCAGUGCUAGGCUACCUGGUGGGGGGUAAGUGCCUCUCCCUCUGGAUAGACCCCACCCAGAGCCCCAACCUCACCAGGAUGGACCCGCGCUGGCUGGGUGCCUGGUGGCUGGGGAGCCUGUUCAUCGGGUGCGGUUUGUUCUUCGCGGGUACUCUGCUGUUCCUGUUCCCUCGUACGAUGCCGGGGUCGAUGAGGAGGGAGGCGAAGAGGGUGCUUCGUCAGGUGGAGAAGGACAAGGAGGCUGGGGGCAGGAGAGGGGUCGAGUACUUUGCCUCGCUGGCCAAGACCAAGAAGAUAGAGUAUAAACCCACCCUCAGUAACCUGAAGAAGGCGUUCAAACGGCUCUUCACCAACAAGCUCUGGGUGGGGAACCUCUUCAACACCGUCACCAUAGUGCUCGCUCUCUCUGGCUACUGGAACUUCAAGCCAAAAUAUCUUGAGAACCAGUUUCGAAAAAGUGCUACCGAGGCCAACUACUAUACGGGUAUGGCCAGCUUCUCGUCGGUGGUGCUGGGUACGGGUGUGGGCGGAGCCGUUUUGAGGUGGAUACGUCCCAAGCCGAGGUUCGUGGCCGGGUACAACAUCUUCGUGACCUUGUUCCUGACCGCCGGGUUUAUCGUCCUCAUGUUCAUUGGCUGCCCUAAGUUGACCAUUGUGGGACCUGUUGAUGGGUCGACGGUGCCGGAUUGUUCAGCGGACUGUGGGUGUUCUGACAGGUUCUCCCCUAUGUGUGCUGAAGAUCAAGUCACUGUCUUCUACUCCCCUUGUUACGCCGGCUGCACCAAGGCCAACACCUCCGCCAGUCCCAUAGUGUUCAGUGGCUGCCAAUGUAUCCCCAGCAACAUCUCUUCUCCUCCACUGUUAGACUCACUCACCGCCUCCAGUCCACCACUAAACCAGUCCAACGACGCGAAUGGAUACGGUACUAGUGGGUACUGUCCGGAGCCGUGUGACACUUUCUUCUACUACCUCAUCAUCCAGAUCAUCAUCAAGACAGUGUCAUCUACUGGUAGGGUCGGCAGUAGUGUCAUCCACCUCAGGUCAGUGGCAGAUGAAGACAAGGGUCUGGCUUUAGGCACCUUAACUGUCUUCAUUAGCUUCUUCGGCUUCAUCCCAGCACCUAUAAUCAUGGGAGCCAUUAUAGACUCGUCGUGCCUGGUGUGGGAUAAGUCAUGUGGGGUGUAUGGCAACUGUUGGCUCUACGACUCGGACAAGUUCAGGACCAUUAUACACCUGGUACCUGCAGUGUUUACGUUCAUCUCGGUGUUCGGGGACCUGGUCGUGUUCUACUACAGUCGGCAGCUGGACCUGUACGGUGAUAAGGAAGACGAAGUCGAACUGGAGAAGAAGGAAAUGAACACAGAGGAACCGGAACCCCUUAACCCUCAUAACGAGGAAGAUUUCAUCCCUCAAAAGCAACAAGAAUUCUCCUACCGGAUGAGGGAAGCUAAAAAAAAUAAAAUAAUAACGUGGAAGAUAAAUACUGUAGUGAACAUCCUGAGACAGCAACACUGGACGAGCGAGGGUGCCAACCAUGCAGAUGAUGGGUGGUGGGCAGGACACCGCAUCUCGACCCUCAUCAAUGCCACUCUACCUCCCGCCAGCACCGCACAACUGAUAGGACUGCUGCGGCUUACUGCUGCUGCUGCCUCUGUUCUUGCUGCUGACUCUAUUCCAGCAGCUGUCCAACUGUUGCCUCUAUUCGUACUGCUGCCUUUGUUCUUACUGCUCCCUGUUCCCUCUGCAGCCGCUGUUCCUGCUGCUACAACCUCAAACGGGAAUUCGGUGCAGUAUCCCACCUCUACUCCUAUACAGGGAAGAGUAAGCAGCCAGACGAGAACACAAAUGGCGCCCGAGAAGGGAGAACUUCGCCAGGUCUCGCGGGAGGACGAGGCCAGGACAUUCCUUCAUGAAGAGGCAGACAUCGAGGACACCAAAUGUGGCAUAGGCUCCUUUAAACCUCAAUGGCUCCAGUGCAUGGCGAAGAAGGAGGUGUACAUGAUAGUGUUCAGUGUGGUGGGGUUGACUCAAGGCAUCUUCUUUACCUACAUGGUGUCUGUGUUGUCUACCAUCGAGAAGAGAUUUAAGUUUACCAGCAAAGAAACAGGUACCAUCCUCUCGGGCAACGACGUGUCACAGAUCAUCUUAUCCAUCGUCUUGGGUUACUAUGGCACCUUUGGUCAUCGGCCUCGCUGGGUGGGUAUGGGGGUAUUCUUCGCUGCCCUAUCUGGCUUCGCCGCCGCCCUCCCACACUUCCUCUAUGGCCCUGGCGAACAAGCUCUCGCCAUCGCCCGCGCCGCCACUGCUGGUGCCACUCCAGAUCUACUGGAUAACAUCACCAGCCUCACUUCUCACACUAAGAAAGAGGAGCUGUGUUUCUUCCAGCCGGAGGAGAACUGUGGUGAGGACGGAAGCGGACGGGACCAGAGAGCCGUUCAUGGACCUCUCAUCCUCUUCUUCGUCUCUCAGUUCCUCUUUGGCAUCACCCUCAGCAUCUUCUACAGCCUCGGUAUUACCUACAUGGACGAUAACAUUAGCAAGAAGACCUACCCUAUGUAUUACUCCCUCGCCUUCAUGUUGAGGGUCAUGGGGCCUGUAUGCGGGUUUUUCGUGGGUGGCAAGUGUCUGUCUUUGUGGAUAGAUCCGUCCGUGCAGCCUAACCUUACGAGAAAGGACCCACGUUGGUACGGCGCUUGGUGGAUAGGCUUUCUCAUCAUCGGCUUCGGAUUGCUCCUCACGGGUAAUUUCCUUUUCCUAUUCCCUCGUAAACUGCCGGAGACGCUGAAGAGAGAGGCAAGGAAGAUCGUUCGCCAGGCGGAUAAGGACGAUAAGGACGGAGGAGGCCAGAGAGGGGUGGAGUACUUCGCCUCCCUCGUCAAGAACAAGAAGACAGAGGAGAAACCCACGAUGAAGAACCUGCUGAAAGCACUGAAGCGGCUCUUCACCAAUAAGAUCUGGGUAGGGAACCUCUUUAACACCACCACCUACUUGAUUGGUGUGGCCGGCUACUGGAACUUUAAACCAAAAUACCUGGAGACGCAGUAUAGGCAGAGCGCCACCACCGCCAGCUACUACACCGGUAUGGCAUCGUUUGUAUCCCUGGUACUGGGCACGGGACUAGGGGGAGCUGUACUCAGGUGGGCACAACCAGGUCCCAGGUUCGUGACAGGGUACAACAUCUUCAUCACGCUAUUUACCUGCUGUAGUUACAUCGUCCUUAGCUCCAUUGGUUGCCCCAGGCUGGACAUCAUAGGGCCUGUAGACGGGUCACUUCCCCCCAACUGCUCAACUCAGUGUGGGUGUUCGGAUAAGUUCUCACCAGUGUGUGCAGAGGACCAGUCUACCCUCUACUACUCCGCUUGUUACGCCGGCUGCUCCACCGUCAACACCUCCACCAGCCCCAUCGCAUACGGUGACUGUAGGUGUAUCGACAACAUAACCAGCAGCAACAAUGACACUCUACCACUCCUCAGUAAUGUGACCUUUGACCCCACCCACUCGAUGAACGGUGCCUCCUACGGGUCGGGAAGCAGCGGCUAUUGUCCAGAACCGUGUGGUAACUUCAUCUACUAUAUUGUUAUCCAGAUGGCGAUAAAGACGGUAGCUUCCACUGGUAGAGUCGGUAGUAACCUCAUUAAUCUAAGACACAGGUCACUUCCCCCCAACUGCUCAACUCAGUGUGGGUGUUCGGAUAAGUUCUCACCAGUGUGUGCAGAGGACCAGUCUACCCUCUACUACUCCGCUUGUUACGCCGGCUGCUCCACCGUCAACACCUCCACCAGCCCCAUCGCAUACGGUGACUGUAGGUGUAUCGACAACAUAACCAGCAGCAACAAUGACACUCUACCACUCCUCAGUAAUGUGACCUUUGACCCCACCCACUCGAUGAACGGUGCCUCCUACGGGUCGGGAAGCAGCGGCUAUUGUCCAGAACCGUGUGGUAACUUCAUCUACUAUAUUGUUAUCCAGAUGGCGAUAAAGACGGUAGCUUCCACUGGUAGAGUCGGUAGUAACCUCAUUAAUCUAAGAUCAGUAGCGGAGGAAGAUAAAGGCAUCGCGUUAGGUACACUCAACGUGAUUCUGAGUGUGUUCGCCUUCCUACCUGCUCCUAUACUGAUGGGCGCAAUUAUAGACUCAGCGUGUGUGGUGUGGGACAAUAAGUGUGGCCGCUCAGGUAACUGUUGGCUGUACGACACUGACAAGUUCCGACUCAUCAUUCAUCUGGUCCCGGCAGCGUUCAUCUUCAUCUCUGUGUUCGGGGACAUUGUCGUCUUCUACUACAGUCGUCAGCUGGACCUGUACGGCAAGAAGGAAGAUGAAGCAGUCUUGGGGAAUGGUCACUCUAACAAUGAUGGGGAAACUCAGCCGCUCACUGAUCCACAACAAGAAUGAGAUUAAAAACAAAAACAUUGGAUAUUGAUGUUUUUUUGUUGUGUGUUGUUGUUGUUUUUUUUUUAAGAGAACGGCGCUGUGACAUCUUAUUAGUGGUGUCUGGUGGAGUAACGAACGUACAGUAUAUAUUUGUAUAUGGUUUUGUAUAUAAUGAAAGAGCUAUUCCUUCCUUCUUCCUUCCCUUCCUCCUCACUCUCCGUCACACACUUCUCUCACCCUCCGUCACACACUUCUCUCUCCCUCCUCACUCUCCGUCACACACUUCUCUCUCCCUCCGUCACACACUUCUUUCUCCCUCCUCACUCUCCGUCACACACUUCUCUCUCCC